GGCAUUUGGACAAUGAGCCACUGAUAACCGGAGUUCAGGUGCCGCAAGUCACGGUAAAUACCACGGUCCCCCUAGCGGGAGCGCUCAGUUUUCUCUUUAAGGACUCGAGAGGGGAGGACACAGAGCAGAGGAGAUAAGCUCGCCAUAGCGACUGAGGGACGUCUCAACCGUGACACAUUCAGCAUGCCGCUGAAGCUGCCAAACCCGGGCUUGGAUGCUCGGAUCCCCUCUCAUGGGGAACUGGAGAAGCUGGAGAUGGAGGAGGCGGGAGACAGGCCCAAAUGGGAUAACAAAGCCCAGUACCUGCUCACCUGUGUGGGCUUUUGUGUGGGGCUGGGCAAUGUCUGGAGGUUUCCUUACUUGUGCCAAAGCCACGGAGGAGGCGCAUUCAUGAUCCCCUUCCUAAUCUUGGUGGUUCUGGAGGGAAUCCCGCUUCUGCACCUGGAAUUUGCCAUCGGACAGCGCCUGAGGAAAGGCAGCGUGGGCGUGUGGAGGUCAAUUAAUCCUUACUUGGCUGGAGUCGGUAUAUCCUCUUUGCUGGUGUCUUUUUUGGUGGGCAUGUACUACAACACCAUCAUGGCUUGGAUCAUGUGGUACCUCUUCAACUCCUUCCAGGACCCUCUGCCGUGGAGCCAGUGCCCCCUCAAUGCCAACCGCACAGGUCCGGUGGAGGAGUGUGAGCGCAGCAGCACUGUCGAUUAUUUCUGGUACAGAGAGACCCUGAACACGUCCACUUCCAUCGACGAGUCUGGAGGUCUGCAGUGGUGGAUGGUCCUCUCCCUGGUGGCCGCCUGGACCGUGCUUUACGUCUGCUGCAUCCGCGGUAUCGAAACCAGCGGCAAGGCUGUGUACAUCACCUCCACUCUGCCUUACGUGGUUCUGACUAUCUUCCUGAUCAGAGGACUCACUCUGAAGGGUUCCCUGGAAGGAAUAAAGUUCCUUUUCACACCAGAUGUGAACGAGUUGAUGAAUCCUUCGACGUGGUUAGACGCCGGCGCGCAGGUUUUCUACUCCUUCAGCUUGGCUUUCGGAGGUCUCAUCUCCUUCUCGAGUUACAACUCUGUCCACAACAACUGCGAGCAGGAUGCCGUCCUCAUCUCCAUCAUCAACGGCUGCACGUCGGUGUACUCGGCCACCGUCAUCUACUCCAUCAUUGGCUUCAGAGCCACGGAAAAAUUUGACGACUGCAUCGGAGGCAACAUCCUGAAGCUGAUGAACGCCUUCGAGUUACCCGAAGGCAACAUCACAGAAAGCAACUACGAUGACAUGCUUCUGUACCUCAACCAAACCAGUCCAGGAGUUGUGGGAGAUUUGCAAAUACAGCGGUGUGACAUGCAGUUCUUCCUCAGUCAGGGGGUGGAGGGAACAGGUUUGGCUUUCAUCGUCUUCACAGAGGCCAUCAUCAAGAUGCCCGUUUCUCCAAUCUGGGCCGUGCUCUUCUUCAUCAUGCUCUUCUGCCUCGGUCUGUCCACUAUGUUUGGAAACGUGGAGGGAGUUGUGGUACCACUGCAGGAUCUGAACGUGUUGCCCAAAAACUGGCCCAAAGAGCUCAUCUGCGGUUUGUCAUGCGCAAUCCCUUUUGCCUGCGGCCUCAUUUUUGCCAUGCGCUCCGGCAACUACUGGUUGGCUCUUUUUGACAACUUUGCUGGUUCCAUUCCUCUUCUGGUCAUCGGGCUCUGUGAGAUGGUCGCUGUUGUCUACAUUUAUGGCAUCGAUAGGUUCAACAAAGAUAUCGAGUUCAUGAUCGGCCACAAGCCCAACAUCUUCUGGCAGGUGACCUGGAGGGUGGUCAGCCCGCUCAUCAUGGUUAUCAUCCUGGUGUUUUACUUGGUCACGCAGGUCACAAAGUCCCUCACGUAUUUGGCCUGGAACCCAGAGUCGGAGAGCUUUCCCAUCCUCGAAGUGCGUCCGUACCCAAACUGGAUCUCCUUUCUUGUUUUCCUCCUGGCGGGCGUUCCCAGUUUAAUCAUCCCGGCCGUGGCCCUUUUCAAAUUCUUGCGGAUGAGGUGCUGCAAGCGCAAGGAUGACAGUGGCGACACAGUCAAGACCAUUUCUGCCCAACUUCAGAUAUAUGAUAACAUUAAGUGUUAGUUCAGGGGAGUUCUUUAUAAUUAUUAUU